AACCACAUUUCCGUUGGACCCGAACGCAGCAUUGUGGGCGGGGCACCCAGAGGUGCCCUCCUACUCUUUCCCCGCUGCCGCCAUUUUACCGUGUCUCUGCGGCAGUCAGCGGAUCGGGACGGGAUCUUUCCUACAUUACACAACUUUUGAAUAUUUUGUUUCAACCGAACCUGGUAAUUAACAGCGUAUAUGUUGUGACCACAGUAUCUGCAGUCGUUACACUGUCGUGAUUAAACGGGACGCGGAGUCCUCCGGCUAGCAGCAUUCAGUUAGCUCGUCUUAGCUAACGUUAACUCAACAACAAGGCGGUGUACUUAACGUUAGGCCUCUGCUAUGUGGCGUUAGCGUGCCCUAAAAUUAACCUAAACUCGUAUGAGCACAGUACAUCAAGUGUUAGCCAGGUUGGCAAUACAUUUUGACUCACGCUAUUGAUUGUGUAGAUAACGUCCAUCUAUUCAAUCCAGCCAACGAUAUCUUCAUAUAUUUUCUCAUCUCCAUUCGGUAACGUUAGUGUCUUUCCGACGCUGCGGGGAAUCGUUCGUAACGUUAGUUGGUUCCAGCUAACGUUAGCUUUGGGCUACUUUUUUGAUUACUGAACAGUAAGUAUAUUUUUUUCUUGGGUUCUAAGCUGUCAACAUACAUAACGUACCUUGAAACCAACCCUGAAGGCCUGUCACGUGUGUUAUUUGGUGGCUCUAGUAGACGUUCGCGUUCUUCGCCUGUGACGUCACUUUAACACUUAGUGGCUGCUGAAGUGUUUUUUGUAACGUUGCUUAUGAAGUAGCUUUAUUAUCUUUUUGUGUUUCCUUAUUUAUUUAAUAUAUUUAUUUCAGUGGAAGUGCUAUUUUGUGUGUAGAGUGUACUUUUCCCUAUUCCUUAAGAUGGAAGUGAUGCUUGAGGCUGAUCAUUGGUGUCAAACUGAGGCCUCCGUGUUCAGCAAAGAUGAACAACCCAGGUCGAGACUGCCCAAAUUCAUGAAGGCAAUUGCUCCCAAUUCUGGAUUAGAUACUUAAAAUACAUACCCAUGGCUAAAUAGACUAGAACCAGUAAGUCUGUCCACUGGCCCUGUUAGACCUGAUUUCUGGAUCUCCCAUCAAUGUGAUUGAUGGCCUAUUUCUUUCGCACUGUACCGUCGUGUGUAAAGGUCCAACUGUCUUUCUAUGUGUGUGUUCUGCUGUCUGUCUCUCAAUAACGCCUUUUCAGUUCCCUGGGGAGUGUUUCUGAUUGAUUUUGUAGGUUUAAAACCCUCCACAUGGCCCUUUGUGGGAUCCCUGGAUGCGGAUAGCUCGCCCCUCACAGUACAGUGGCAGAAGAUUUUUAUUUUUUCUUCUUCUCGGCUUUGGGUGAAAAUCGCUUGAAUAUCCUGCCCAUAUUUUUCUACUGCCAUCACCCAAAUGUUACCAGGUGUACAAAAUAUCACCAACAAGUCCAAGAAGAAGCGGGGGAUGAUUUUUCCACCCACCCUCCACCCCCUUUUUGCCACAUCGGUUUGAGAAUUUUUUGGAUCCGUUUUUGGUGCCUUUCUUGCCCCCUAUGCCCCACGAUUUCUUUCAUUAGUCUCAACAAUUAAUAAAAAAUAAUAAAAAAAAAAAAAAAAUCUCCAGCGGACUCUUGCAUUCACCAUCAGUAAUGCUUAGCAGUCUGGUGGAGAUACAGAUGUCUGAGAGAAGGGAUGUCGUAGGAAGACAAGUGUCUCUGGGCGAUCCAUCCCCCCCUUUCCUCUUAUCUCACGGAUCGAGUGUUCCUUCAGGACUCAUUACCACCACGAAGUCACCUACCAGCAGUGUGCUCAAGAGGGAGACCGCUUCUAAGCCACCUCAGAGAACCAGCUGCUUGGUUAAAGGUUCUAACCUGAUCUCCUCUCCGCUCAACACGCAGACCAGCAUUACUAUGACCAACCAUGGAGACGACUGCUACUUCUUUUACUAUUCCAAUUGCACCAAAGGAGACACCUGCCCGUUCAGACACUGCGAGGCGGCUAUGGGAAGCGAGAUCGUCUGCAACCUCUGGCAGGAGGGGCGCUGCUUCCGUACCGUCUGCAAGUUUCGCCACAUGGAGAUCACGAAAAACAGGAAGGAGAUCUGCUGUUACUGGGAGAACCAGCCUGCCGGCUGCCAGAAGCCUCACUGCGCUUUCUUCCACGAACGGCCGCGCUGCAUCGAUGGCACCUUUGUCCCCCCGGAUAAAAGUCUAAACAAGACUGAGGAGCAGCCGCACGAGGAACCGCCCCCCGCGCCCGCUGCCUCUCUGACCGCCGCGGCCAAUCCACAGCUCCGAGGCGUCAAGACAGAAACCCAGGAGCCGGUGCCGAGCCCCACCCACCCGCCCGUGGUGAUUAAUCCAGCGGACGAUGACGAGGACGAAGAUGACCAGUUCUCAGAGGAGGGAGAGGACGGAAAAGUUGGCCUUUCUCCUUGGAAACCACCCAAAUCAGGUGACUCGCUGAGCUUCGGCGUGAGCACCCUGGAGGAGAUCCGGCUGAGGAAGGCCCUGAAAGCCAGCAUGAAGAGGGCGGGAUACCCCAUGCAGAGUCCUGACCCCCAAGCCAACGGAGAGAAGGAAAACAUCCAGUCAUUGUUUGGAGCCACCCUCUACCAGGCGGAAGACGGACCGUUCGUGUGUGAGGAAACUGCUCGACCGAGAGGCAGUUUGGCUGAAAGACUUGGAAGGAAGAUGCCCAACAAUGAUGUGAAAUUCGGAGGAGUCGUGCCACUAAGAAGGGGUCUGUCUGGGCGUCUGGGCCGGCUUAUGGACGAGGAAGAGCCCUUCCUGCCCCCCCAGAAAGCUUUGAAGCCCAUUAAGGACCGACUCGGCUUGGCUGGCUCUGCUCCCACUUCUACUCAACCAGCCGACACCGACAGGAAGCCAAAAAAGGCUCCUGAGCAGAUUCGCAUCAAAACCUUGGAGGAGAUCAGACAGGAGAAAGCAGCGAGGUCUCCGUCCCAGAGCCCUUCAGCCGCGGCCGCAGAAAGCAGCCGAUCCAAAGCCGCCGCGGGCGUCAAGCGAGCCGCCGCCGCCGGAGACGACUCCGUCAACCACACCAAGAGCUUCUCGGAGGGCCUUUGUGCCAAGAAGAAGAGGCAGGAGGGACAGGAUCCCAAGUCUAAGAAGCGCCAGGGAGAGCCUGACAGGACGCAGGGUGCAAACGUGGGCCAGCUCAGAGUGAAGACUCUGGAGGAGAUCCGCAGGGAGAAGGCAGCCAAGGUCCAGGCUCAGCAGAACCUGGAGGGUGAAAACCAGAAGAGCUCCGAUAGCGAGGAGAGCCCCGCAAAGAAGCCCCACCUGCUGCACGUCAAACUCAAUUCCCCAACAGGCAGCGUCGCAACACAGAAGAGUUCUGAAGUGACGGAGAAGCGGGUGAAAACUCCUCCCGCUGCCCCGGAGGUGACGCGCGCCGCCGUUCCUAGUGCCGCCCCCAGGAACAACGUCAAGGUCAAGACCUUUGAGGAGAUCAUGUUGGAGAAACGCCUCCGCAAGCAGGAAAUGCAGGACCGGGCCACAGACCGUGGAGAGGCAGAACCUGCUGAGAAGCCCAGCGACGAAGGAACCGCCAGGCGGAAGGCUCCCGCUAAAGUCCGUCUGACGAGCCCGGGCUCCUCAUCGCCUUCCUCCACCGCCGACGGCUCCUUUUCCACCCAGAAGGUCCCCGUUGGCAAACCCGUCUCCCUCCGACCCAAAGCUGCUUCCUCUCUGAGCAGCACCACCCGCGGUGCCCGAGCCGCUGCCGUCAAAGCUGCUCCCUCGGUGCCCGCGAAGCAGGUCUCCCCUCCACCGGCCGAGUCGGACUCGCGGAGCCCCGGCCGCUCCAGGGAGGUCCCCGACAAGAACACGAGGAGCUCUACGGCGCCGUCACCAGCCACGCCUCCCCGGGGCCCCGCUGCAGAGGGACGCACUCCUGAUAAGACGCUGAACCGUAACCAGAAGACAUCCCCAGAGCACGGCGCCGAGGCCAAAGUGAGGCCCAAGCUCAACGUGAAGCCUUCCGUGGUGAAGCCCGCGGUGCAGGUGAAGCCCGGGCAGAAGAGGAGGGGAGCAGCGCGCUCCGCUGUCGCCGCGGUCAAACCUCUGAGCAGCACCUCCACGCAGCAGGAGCCCACGUGCCGAGGCAGAGCGGAGUUCCCGUCCGCCUCAGCAGAGGCUCAGCUGAGCGCUGCUGUUCCUCGGAGUCCCAGCACCCCCGUGGACUCGGGCUCCGGCUGCAGCCCCCCGAGGGAGGACCUACAGACCGUCCCCGUCUUCAAACGGAGUCGGAGCCAGGACGCCGUAGUUGCUGCUAGCGCCAGCGAGGCCUCCACCGUCCCCCAAAGCCCGGUCCCGAAGACGCCCACUCAGGCCAAGUCCCGCAGACUGAGCCUAGCGGCGCCGCGCACCGCCUCCACCUCGGCCAUGGAUGACUUCGAGGAGCUCAUCAACGAGUUCACCGAGGACCACCUGGAGGGAGACGUGGACCCCGGCAUCGAAGAGGACGACCUGCUGCAGGAACUGUCCGAGAUGAUUGACAGUUGAGGGUUCCACCUGGUGGUGGGCGGCAAGUGAACCCCCGCAUGGAAGCGUUUGAAGAAGAGGAAACAAAAAGGUCUUUUAAGCUUUCGUUGAAGCUAGUUUUUACUUUGCCUUUCAGGUUAUAUUCUCUCCUUUUUCAUUUCCUGCCCAGCCUGACGGUUCUUCGUCGGUUCAUCAUGAUGUUCAUUUACACUGUCAGACCUUUCGGGUCAGGAGGGAAAGUGGGAAAGAAGCUUUGUUGCUGGGAGAUGAUGAGAGCGUCGUCACUUUAGCAGGAGUCCUCGUGCGUCGUUGUAGAGAGAAGUCCUAUCCGUGUACUGUGUAUGCAAAGAGAGCCGAAACAAUGAUUUAUACUGAUGAUCAUGAUGAAUGUUUUUGUUUUUCUAUAUCGGUGACGGUUGCCCAGCUAGUUCCCACAUUAUGAGUUUUAAUGUAAUAAUGAGCCAGUUUCUCUGACGUUCACACCUCAUCUUCCUGUCUGGAUGGUUCCAUCCUCCAGGUGAAUGCGGCUGACUGAUGUCAGAGCAGCUUCUGUGCUUUACUGUUUUUAGAACGUGUAUUUUAGUUUUUAACCAGUUCUCUGGGUCAGUGGGUCCUUUUGAAACAACUAGCGGAGGAUAAGUGUGUGUGUGUGUGUGUGUGCGUGCGCGUCCUCUCUGGGCUUUGUUAACAAACACCUCAGGUACCUUUCCUAGUGUGAUUUACAAACACUGAAUUCAACAACGCCAUCUUUAGUUCUCUCUUGUGUCUCCAUUGGUUUCUAAAUGUGAUCCGAGAAAAGAUCUACUCAUUGUUUGGACUUCACACGUGUUGGCGGUGUCCUGACCUCUAUUCCUACGCUUACUGUUCAAAGUCACUUGUACAUAUUACUGUGUAAUAAAAAGUGCUUUUAAUGACUAGCUGGAUCAAGAA